AUGGCAGGUCCGCCCGAGAAAUACCUCGCCUGGAUGGAGGGAUCGACCAUCAGCUUCUCCGCAUGGCCAGAAGCCCGAUGGGUCCUAGACAAGUUCCUGGGAGGAGAUGCCGAGAUUCGCCCUGAGCAUGAAAUCCGGGAUUAUGGGCCUUGCUAUGCCACGGCCAAGUUUUCAGUUCACCACGCGGACGAGGGCACGGAGGGUUUCAUACGUGUCUACCGUCAGAUCCCGUGGAAGGGCACCCAUUUCCACCCCGCCGCCCAAAAGAGCCAGCAGGCCGUCAAGCUUCCAGACUUCGGAGAGCUAAAGGCGAUGGAAGCUUUGAAAUAA